AUGCUGGAGCUGUUCGUCUGGGACGCCGCGUUCGGGCUGCCCUCGAUCGACGCCGAAUGUCUCGCGACCAUUGCCUAUUUGUGCAAAACGGCCCCUGCUUCAUCAUGGCGUCUCGUCCCAAGCAACGACCCUUCUCUCAGCCCAGCCAGUCAUUUCCCGGCGUUAAAUCACGACGGUGUAUGGACCAGCGGAUUUGACAACAUCAUCUCAUACCUCACCUCCCACGGCCUCGUCACACCUCUCGACGCGGAUCUCACUGCACGCCAAAAAGCAGACAGCAAAGCCUUCAAAUCAUUCAUCGCCACACGCACGGCGCCUCUCCUCGAUCUAUCACUCUAUGUCUCGGCGGGCAACUGGUCCGCCACCACACGGCCAGCAUACUCCAAAAUCCUGCAUUUCCCACUGACAUGGACCCUCCCGCCGCUCAUCCGACACGAGGCUCUCCAGCGGACAGAGCACCUCGGACUAGCAGAGCUCGACACCGAUUUCGAUCCCAAUGCGGGGUUGCACCUCAGCACAGGACGCGAGUCCCUCCCCGAGUCCUUCCGGAGACAUCUCCCCGUGGUGGGCAAGAAGACCGUGAGGGAGGAGAUGACACCCGAGCAAGCCACCGCCAUCCGCCUCUUCAGCCUCGCCGAGACCGGGCUGGAGUUGCUGGAGGAGCUGCUGGCCGAGCACGAUGGCUACCUCCUCCGGCCACAAUUGUCCUCUGUCGACUGCUUCGCCUUUGGGUAUCUCGCGCUCAUGCUGGACGCUCCCGUGCCAAGGGCGUUUCUGAAGGAGUGGAUCGGAGACAAGGCACCCAGGAUCCAAGCAUUUGUGGCGUCCAUGAAAUCGCAGUGCUUUUCCAGCCCAGGUCAGCUCCCAGUCCCUUCCCCACAAAACGGGUCCUUCCCGGGCGCCGUUGGGCAGAUGCUGGAUACGUGCGUUCUCAACGCCCCAGGGAUCGGCGAGCACUAUGCGACCGAGAAGCGCCACCGCCGAGAGCAGGGCAUCACAGGCGUGGACGGAAGGGCGCUCAUGCUGGCGGUGAGCGUCAUGGUCACAGGCGUGGCCAUGGGCUACGGCUUCAUGUACUACAAGGCGAUGCCCCCCUUUGGCGCGCGGGUCCAGACGUGGCGCGCCGCGAGAGGCGGCACUGGACUGAGCCAGUUUGGCGAUCUGGGAUUCAUGCUGAACAGCGCUUUGGGGGCGCAGUCGUCGCCUAUGGCGAAUGCAGGCAAUGCACCGGCAGGCCGGUUGGCAGAGAUGGACUCGGAUGUUGACUAA